AUUAGUCGCCAGGCGCUAGCCAGAGAGAGCUCGGCUAGCUGCUGACGUGACCGCUGCUAUGCUAUGCUGACUAUACUACUGCAUGCCGUAAUAUAUUAUAAGGUCUUUGACUGCAUGCAUGCAUGCUGCAACUGCUGCCGAGCGCGACAUGUCGACAGCAACAGUACCGGUAUAUUUUAUACCGGUACGGUACACGUGAAUUGUGUUAAUUGAUAUUGACAUCACAAUAGUAUUAGUAAUAUAUUAUUAUGGGGAAAACAAAGAAGAAUCGACCAAAAAGAGGAGACCCUGUCUUCACGAGUGGACCACUGGCAGAGCAAAUAGAAAAUGAAGACACUCUCAAAGUCUCUCAACGAGUGAAGGAACGUAGACGAAAGGAUGAAGAGGACUGUUUUGUUGAUGACAAACUUUCAAGAAAGAUCUUGGAGCAAGCAAGGAUUCAACAGGAUGAACUUGAAAUUGAACAUGGCAUGACAAGACUUGGUCCAUCUAAGAAGCCUGCUACAAGUCUUGGUCCUACAAGGACUGGUGGUUCAGAUGAUGAGGAGGAAGAAGAACAAGAGUUGGCCCAACAUGAGGGUCAGUUCUUCGAUGAAAUUGAUGUAGAUGAAGAGGAUGAGAGGGCGCUUGAACAGUUCAUGGCGAAGGAUGCACCAAUGAGACGGACUCUAGCUGACAUCAUCAUGGAGAAACUGACAGUGAAGAAGACAGAGGUAGCAUCACAGAUGACAGAAUCUGGAAUGGCUCUUCCUGAGCUGGAUGAUCGUGUUGUGCAGGUUUACAAAGGUGUAGGCCAGAUUCUCUCUCGGUAUCGCAGUGGUAAACUACCCAAAGCAAUUAAGAUUCUCCCAGCACUCAAAUCAUGGGAACAGAUAUUGUAUAUCACAGAGCCUGACAAAUGGACAGCUGCAUCUAUGUAUCAAGCAACAAGAAUCUUUUCCAGUAAUCUCAAUGCUAAGAUGGCACAAAGGUUCUACAAUCUUAUUCUAUUGCCAAGAAUACAGGAUGAUAUUGCAGAAUACAAGAGAUUGAAUUUUCACCUCUAUAUGUCAUUAAAGAAGGCUCUAUUCAAACCAGCUGCUUUCUUCAAAGGAAUCCUCCUUCCCCUUUGUGAGUCUGGAACUUGCACUUUACGUGAGGCAGUCAUUGUUGGUAGUGUUGUUGCCAAAUCAACCAUCCCUGUUCUUCACUCCUCUGCCGCCAUGCUGAAACUUGCCGAGAUGGAUUACAGCGGAGUGAAUAGUAUCUUCCUCAGGAUUCUCAUUGAUAAGAAGUAUGCACUUCCUUUCAGGGUCAUUGAUGCUGUGGUACAUCACUUUCUUAGGUUUGUUCAUGACAAGCGCCAGUUACCCGUCUUGUGGCACCAGGCCUUUCUAGCAUUUGUUCAAAGAUAUAAGGAAGACAUCUCUUCAGAACAGAAGGAGGCCCUUAUGGAGCUGCUUAGGUCUCACUCCCAUCCAUCGAUAACACCAGAAAUCCGCAGGGAAAUUGUUAACUCAAAGUCACGAGACUGUGAAGAACCUAUGGGUACAGACUGAGGUCAUACAACUUGGCCUGAAAAAAUGACUGGAAGUUGCAUUUUUCAGCAAAGAUAUAACUGCUGGAAUCAUAGAGAGGAACCUUGACAGCUUUCCUAGUUUAUUCAUAAGUUGCUCCUUUAGGAAGAUUGCAGGUAGCUUUGUAAUAUGUGAAAACAAAAUACAUUGUGUUAUUGUGUUAUCCAGUGCAUAAUGACCAUUGAUGAAUGAUACGUCACUCAACCAGUCUCAUAUAUUAUCUUUUUGUUAUAAAUAGUCAUAGUCCUCGAGAAAUAUUUCGAAGUGGUUUGAUAUCCCAUGAUACAAAUAGUGGCUUGUAUUCUCAAUAGAGGUCUUGUUACAAAACCAUGGACUAUGCAGAUUUUGAGAAUAUAAUUAUGCUUAUUUCAUCGCGUUUAACUACGAAAAGUCCAAUUAAAAAUGUGUGCUUUUGGCAAAGGGUGGUAAAUUCAUGCUUGAAUGAAGCACAAUAAUACAAGAAAUCUGCAUAAACCAUGGUUUUGUAGCAUAGUACAGUUGAAAACCUCUGUUGAGAAUACGUUCCAUUAUGUUUUCUUGCUUUUUUAUUGAGAUGCCCAGACAAAUACAAAACAUACUAGGCAUUGUGCAUGUGGGAAUUAAAUAAUUUUUUUUUAAAGAGCAAUGAAAAAUAUAGUGUCUCUAAGAACACGAUGGAGAAUAUUUCAGGAAGUACAUUAUCUCAUCGGUGAUUUGAUCUGAUAAAUUCUGAGCCAAUCAGAUACAAGAAUUUCUGUCUCGCGAGACUAGAUGUACCUCUUUUCCGAUUGCGUGGCGACUUCGUCAAUAUUGACAUCUUAGCCAAGGUUAGGUUUUUUAACUGUCAUAACUCGAGAAGUAUAUGGACCUAAUUCAUUAAAACUAUGACAUACGGAUAAUCAAGUAUCACUCAUCAUCUUGCAUGCAUUUCUGGUUACAUAAUCGAGGUCAAAGAUCGUCUAGGUACACCUAUUUGUGGGUAUCAACACAGAAAUCUUAACCAAGUUUAAGUUUUUGAAAUGUCUUCAUAACAUAGAAAGUGUAUGGGCCUGUUUCAUGAAACUUGGGGGCAUAUUAAGGGUAAUUAGCUAUCACUGAUCAUCUUGCAUGAGUUUCAGGUCACAUGAUGAAGGUCAAAGAACUUUGAUAAUGUCACAUAUGUGGGUAACAACAGUGAAAUCGGAGCCAAGGCGUUUUUGAAAUGUCAUAACUUUGAAAGACUAAUGAUGUAUUUCAUGAAAUUUUGAUGUAAGGGUAAUCAACUAUCACUGAUUAUCUGGCAAGAGUUGCAGGUCACAUUGCCAAGGUCAAAGAUCAUUAGGGUCAAUAAACUUCAACCAUGUUGUGCUAUAAAAAGAAAAUGGUAAAGGUUUUGAAUUUUAAGAUGAUUUUGAAAGUAUAAGACCCUAUUCCAUUGGUCUUUCAUAUAUUGGUUAUAAAGUAUCAGCAAGUGGAUGAAUGGUUACUAGGCAAAGGUCAAGAUUCAUUUGGGGUCAACAAUUUGAAAUUAUACUUGAGUAUUUUGCAUAGCAUAGAUGAUGGAUGUAAUUGUCAACAGGUAUCAGAAAUUAGAUGAGUAUAACUUCAAGAGCAAAGGUCAUUUCAGAUCAAUUAACUUGGAUAAGAAUAAUGGAUAUUUCAUUCAUUAUUUUUUAGUAUUUAAGCACAUUAAAUGAAACUUUAUGAGAAUGUAAUUGGAUAUCACAAAUGAGUUUCUUUGUUAAGGAACCUAAGAUUUUUCAUCAGAUGUGUUUUUUUCUUUCAAGAAGAAAACAAUUGUUUUGAAAGACAUCACUGCUUCUAUACUGGAUUGUGUAAUGCAGGUGACACUGCUAGAGGUGUUUCACUUGUGUUUGGACAAGUCCACCCCAACAAAAAGUUGAUUUGAAUAAAAAGAAUAACACUGAAAAUUUCUUCAAAAUCGGAUGUAAAAAUAAGAAAGUUAUCACAUUUUAAAGUUUUGCUUAAUUUCACAAAACAGUUAUAUGCACAUCGUGGUGGGUCUGCAAAUGAGGAGACUGAUGACGUUAUCCACUCACUAUUUUUUUUUUUAUAUGAAAUAUGUAUUGUUCCAAUUUUCUCCCCAUUGUCAAGUGAAACAACGAUUAAUACCUCCCUGAACAUGUGGAAUUAACAUUAUUUAAUACUAUAUGGUUCAGUCAAGUUGGUCCAUAUUGUCAAAAAUGUUAAAAAUUAAAUAUUGUAUAAUUCAAACAAUAAAAAACAUGUCGCUGAAUUGUGCAUAUCACUGUUUUGUGAAAAAUAAGCAAAAUUCUAAAAAUGUCAUAACUUUCUUUUUUUACAUCCGAUUUUGAUGAAGUUUUCAGCAUUAUGCUAGUUUGAUUUUUCUCUAUUUAUUCAAAUCAACAUUUUUCUGGGAUGGACUUAACCUUUAAUGACAUUCCCCCAUGGACUCAGUUCAGUUACUAAAUUCAUCUUGCACACUGCAUUUCACAUUCAUAUUUUGUGUAAUUUUUAUUGUCUCGCCUGCAUAGCAGAGCAAAGACUAUAGGCGCCGCUUUUCUGACGGCGGUGGCGUCAACAUCAAAUCUUAACCUAAGGAUAAGUUUUUGAAAUGUCAUCAUAACUUAGAAAGUAUAUGUGCCUAGUUCAUGACACUUAAACAUAAGAGUUAUCAAGUAUUACUUAAAAUCCUGCCCAAGUUUCAGGUCACAUGACCCAAGGACAAAGGUAAUUUAGUUUCAAUGAACUUAGACCAUGUUGGGAAAAUCAACAUCAAAAUCUUAACCAAAGGUUAAGUUUUUCAAAUGUCAUCAUAACUUAGAAAGUAUAUGGACCUAGUUAAUAAAACUUGGACAUAAGGGUAAUCAAGUUUCACUAAACAUCCUGCUUGAGUUCCAGGUCACAUGACCAAGCUCAAUGAACUUUGGCCAUGUUGGGGGUAUUUGUAACUCAUAAUCAUAACUUUGAAAGUUUAUGGAUCUAGUUAAGGGUAAGGGUAAUCAAGUAUCACUGAUCGUCUUGCACAAGUCUUCGGUCACAUGAUCAAGGUCAAAUGUCAUUUAGGGUAAAUGAAAAUAGUAUUUUAUUAUCAUAUAAAUGGUGUUUUUAUGAAUAAUAAUAUUCUACAGUCGUUUUGAAAGUCAGCACUGCUGCUAUGUUGAAUCGCGUAAUGCAGGCAAGACUGCCAGAGGCGCUCCAUUUUUUAGUUGUACUAUAUAUAUAUUACAUCAAUAUUGUUUUAUUCUUUUUAAUUUUUUUCAAUCAUGUUUUAAAAUACAUUGAUGACAGUUAAGGGAAAAAGAUAUUUUAGUUGAAAUCAGAUCUCUAAAACAAAUCUUGAUAUUUUAUCAGUCAAUCACUCGAGAGCAAGUUGUUGAUGAUGCUACAUGUAUAUUUUUGUACACAAUUACAUUUUGGAUCAAUUUUGGGUAUGACGUGCACUUACAAAAUGUUGCAUAAUUACCUAACAAGCACCCAGGCUUCUCAAUUAUGAUCUCAAAAGAUGCCUGAGACUUUAAGGGGAAGUUCAUUAUGAAGAAAAGUUUGUUGUAAAAAUAACAGAAAAAUUAAUGAAAAAUAUACUGAUCUCUAAAUAAUAAACCGUAAAUCUUUUUUCUAUUGCUUCAUUA